UAACAUAGCACAGUGAAAGAUGAAAAUAAACGGAGACAGAUGCUGCAGUCUGCGGGAGGAACUCAGCAGGUCGAACAGCGUCUGUUGGAGGAUAUGGGGAGAGGGAGGAGAGUCCAAAGCGCUUGCGGGGGAGGAGCUGGUGAAACGACCCGAGCGAGCCGAGGCUUCGGGCGCACUGUUCAAGGCGUCACCCCGUUCCCCCAGGUGGAUGAGUCUGCACACAGCGAAAAGAAACCUCCGUUGACUGAAAUCACAGCGGCCACCAGACUUAUGAGGAGGGAGGCCCUUUGAGUGCCAGUAUCCUGGACUUUGGUGAGGAGGCUGACUGUUACCACUCAUAGUGCCCACCAGAAUAUCACUUUCCACUAAACCCACGUGAUUGACACCCCCUCACCCCCCAACCUUCCCAACUGCUCAACAAGUAUUAUGGAUGCUGAAGAGAACCAGCUUAUGGAAACCAGGGCAGAUCGUAUUGCUAGUGUCAAGGCUGACCGGAGGCGAGAAUUGGCUGAGAGAGCUGGUAACCUCAAUAAGAAGGUCCCAGCUAUUUCUAAAUGCUCAAGAAAGGAAAAGGAAAAUGAACCUUUUGAAAAGGUGUAUUCUGAUUCAGAGCGUUUUAUGAGCAAGUCAACUCUACAUGUACCUUUCAAACUUUGGGGAGCAAAGGACACUGACUUUUCAAAAGACAUCCUUGUGCAUAACACAAGUGGGAACUCUAUGGAAAGAAUGAGUUCCUUGUGUGUCCAAAACCAUAACAAUAGAAAUGAAGAAAUGGCUUCAGGGAGCAAACUUGAUGAUUCCCAUCUUUAUGAGAUAGAAGUUUGCAGCAAGGAAAAUGUGACAGGUGGCUUGGAAAAAUCUCUGGCUCUCCCACAGAGAUUUUCUGUCCUUGAAACCCAAACCAUUGGUCUCCCUCCAUGGCCCAGUGGUGACAGUGCUCAUGGCACAGCCAGCACAGGUCUGGCAACAGCAUGCGGCUGGGAGAUGCGCCGGAGGCCCAGGCGCUACAUUAACCCCGGGGUGAACCGCAAAACAUCCGAUCGCUUCAGGACUCAGCCCCUCACGGUGGCCGAACGAACUUGUGUGUUGAAUGUAAGCAAAGACAACACCGAGGAGGAUGAAAAGAUGGAUGCAAGGUCAAAGAUGAGUGUUGCUGCAAAGAUGUCACUGUUUAAAGAACUAGAGAAGGCCUCACCUGCAGAGUCUCCCUCCUCACUGCGAUCUCAUAGCACUAAUGCAGCCAUGGAACGCAGACUACACCGCUCUCAAGAUCGGUGUCGGACACAGCCGGUAACUACAGAAGAGAUCGUGGUGGCAAAUAGUCUCCCCAGGGUACAGUCACGAAGGGAGCCAGAUGUGAGUGGACCAGACAGUUGUACAGCUCAGCAGGAUGCAGAGGAGAGAGGGGAUGAGAAUUCAAAGCUGAGUCUGAGCCAGAAGAUGGCUCUAUUCAACAGCUUGUGCCACCCCUUGCCAAAGAAGGUGUCUCCACUGGAAGGCGGAAAAGAGCGCAGACAGAAAGGAGUUCGCUAUCGCACCCAACCCGUCACCAUGAGUGAAGUCCAACUGCUCCAGAAGCAACCACAGUAUCCCCAAUUGCUGCUCCGUUCACAAGCACCACGCACAACAGUCGAAACGGAGUCACGUGUCAUAAAUCACCUUGCAGCCCAGGCAGAGAAUUUGGAGGCUGAAGUCAUGUCAUCUGUGCCAAUCACCAGCCCCAAGAGUGGUUGGAAAGGAGUUGACGAGGCGAGUGGACAGACAAGUAAGGAAGUUCAAGGAACAUUGAAAAGAGAAAUUGUUGAAGUGCAGAGAGAUGAAAGUCCGGAGCGUCACCGUCCACCAGAGCAGCCUGAGAAAUGUGAGGAGAGUGUGCCAGCAGAGAACAGCUCUGCCUCAAGUGCUGUGUGUGAGAUGGACAGACAACAACAUCAUGCAGGUGUGACAGGCGUAGCCAAGGAGCCGGAGGGAGUGGGAGGUAACAUGAGGCCAACUGAGACAGAUUUUUCAGAGGAACAAAAUUCCAGUGAAGUACAAGCACACAAUGAGAGAGAAGCAGUGGAUACUGAAAAAUUAGAGCUGCCAGCACAAGAUGAUUCUGCGGCACCACCAUCUUCUCCUCUGUGGCAACAGGCAGAAAACAAGCUUUUGUCAUGGCAAUGGGCAACCGGGCAAUCCUCACCUCCGUGUCAGCAGGCCGAUGACAAACACUUGCCACCAUGGCAACCCUCAGAGAGCUUUUCCUCAUCGUCAUGGCAAAAGGUUGAUGUGCCACAGGAUCAAAACCAAAUAAAAGAGAAGAGCUACCUGGCUCAAUUACCUGAAGAAGACAAUGGAGCUGAAACUCUGACUCCAAUUAAAGUUGGAGCAACUGUUAAAGAUAGGUUACACAAGCUGAAAGGGGGAGAGGAACAGCGGAGAAGUAAAACCCAUAAGACCCAGAGAGCUGUCCAUGUCCCUCUGGCUGAACGGUACAGCCAGCUCCAGCGGGCUGAAGAUACCUGGAAGAAGAAGGAAGAAGAGGAGAUCAUGAAUUAUGCAGAGCAGGCACAAUACUGGAGAUCAGCAACUGAUAUCGGGGGACAGAUAUCAUUGGAGCAACGAAAGCAACAGAUCUCUGUGAGCGAGGAGCAGUGGAAAGUGAAAGGCAGAGGCGCAUUCAACGACUCCACACAGUUCACUGUUGCUGCACGUAUGGUGAAGAAAGGUUUAGUGUCUACCAGUACAGGAAAUGAUGAGACAGUUAUUUCCUUCAGGAAAGCCGCCACAGCAACUGGUACCCCAACUAGACCCUUGGAAGAGAUUACAAGUCACCCUGAUGUGCCCCUGGAGAGUGAUGCUACGCUGGAUAACCUGGAGACCUUCCUCAAUAAGCUUCACUCCAAGAAUACUAGUAAUGAAGAGAUGAUGAUCACGGUGACAGAACAAUCAGUGAAGGAAGUGCUAAAGCCUGACGAUGAUGACACCUUCAGUAAAUUCUAUAAGCACACACCAAUCCUUAUGACAUCAACUGUGGUGGAAAUUAAAGAGAAUUUUGAUGACAUUUUUGAAUCCUGCACACCAAUACUGAUUUCUGAAGUGGCAGAACACAAGCGAGCAGUGAGACCUCUUCGCAGAACACAGUCUUCUCGCAAUCCCCUGAGGGCGCUGGCUGCCCGAGAUGACAUCCGUUUGGAGUAUACAGAGCAGCGUCUGAAUGUGGCCACAGUGGAGGCCAGGAGGAUCCGAGCUGAGAAGAUGGCCAAGCACUCGAACUAUGCAGAUGUGGCAUUGGCAGGGCUAUCGAGCAUAGAGAACUUCAAAAACGUGAACCUUCGCAACGUGAAGAUGACAGAACAGCCAUCCAGUAACAGCACACUUCCCUUCAACAAGCGGAUGCUGCUGCAAGUUAAGGGUCGCAGACAUGUCCAGGUUCGGUUGGUGGAGCCCACAGCUACCUCACUCAACAGCGGGGACUGUUUCCUCUUGAUAACUGCACAACACUGUUUCCUUUGGAUCGGGGAAUUCGCUAACGUGAUUGAGCGCUCCAAGGCAUCGGAGCUGGCCAAUUUCAUCCAGGCAAAACGAGAACUGGGGUGCCGGGCAGUAAGUGUCACCACUAUCGAAGAGAGCAUUAACAGUCAAGGCAAAAGGGCCAAGGAGUUCUGGGAUCUUCUUGGUGGCCAGAUGGAAUAUCAAGGUGCUGGGGGCCCUGAGGAGGAUGAAAUGUAUGAAUCUGCCAUCACAGAAACAAACCAUAUAUAUCGCCUGGUUGAGGAGAAGCUUGUCCCAGUGACUGAAUCAUGGGGAAAGAUGCCUCGCUGCUCCAUGCUGAAUUCAAAGGAGGUGCUGGUUUUUGAUUUUGGCAGUGAGCUGUACAUUUGGCAUGGCAAAGAGGUGACACUGGCACAGCGAAAGACAGCACUCCACUUGGGCAAGCAGCUGUUGAAUGGUUCAUAUGACUACAGUAGCUAUGCCAUAAACCCUCUGGACCCUGGAGCAACAAAGAACAUCAACCAGCAACAGGGGCGGCCUGAGUGGGUAAUCUUCGGUCGCCUAUCAGAGCAUAAUGAAACAAUCUUGUUCAAGGAAAAGUUUCUGGACUGGGCAGAUUUGAGAAAACAGAACCAGAGGGAAGUGGAGUCCACAGCCGAGUUAAAGUUGGAGUGCCAAAAUGAACUGAAGCCGUACGAUGCAAAGCUGCUGAUUCCAUUCCCGGACGUACCUUGCGGAACAAUCCUGGAUGGGGUAAAUGUGCAGCGUGGAUACGGGCUGCUGCAAAUGGACGAUGAGAGAAGGUCAGAGCUGAAGACCAUCGAUGUGCUGGUCUGGCAUGUUCAGGAGUUUGAACACAGCGAGCUGCCCAGAGAGAGUUAUGGCCAGUUCCAUGAGGGGGACACUUACGUCAUUCAGUGGAAGUACACAGUCAGCAGCCUGGUGGCAAAGCGUCAGACACCGGAUCAGCUGAGCUGUACUGGUUCCGGGAAGGAGCGAUCUGCUUACUUCUUCUGGCAGGGCGGCCAAUCAAGCAUCAGUGGCAAAGGAGCUUCUGCACUGAUGACCGUGGAGCUGGGCAAGGACAGAGAAGCACAGAUGCUGGUGUCACAGGGAAAGGAGCCUCCCUGCUUUCUUCAGCUGUUCCAAGGGGGGAUGAUCAUCCACAGUGGCAGGAGGGAUAAGACAAAAACAUCACAAGGAAUCUGGCGACUGUACAUAGUGCAGGGGGAAUUACCGGUGGAGGGGCGCCUCCUGGAGGUGGAGUGUGAUUGUAGCAGUCUUCGCUCAAGAGGUUCCCUUGUCCUGGUGAACACUCAGCAGGCUCUGGUAUAUCUGUGGCAUGGCUGCAGAGCUCAAUCCAAUGUAAAAGAGGUUGGCAGAAAAGCAGCCAAUCAUAUAAAGGACCGACCACCUCAGGAGCUGGGUCAGUGGAGCAGCAUGGAAGUGACAGUGUAUGAGCUGGAUGAAGGUUCAGAACCACCAGAGUUCUGGCAAGCAAUCGGACAAGCAGAUCGAAAAGCAUAUGAUUGCAUGUUACAAGAUCCCGGAAAGUAUAACUUCACUGUACGACUCUUCAGGCUGACUGCUUCCUCGGGGGAGUUUACCAUGACAGAACAACUAAGUCCCUCGCGCAUCUCUAAUGGUGUGAUGGCCAUGCCAUUCUUACAGGAGGAUCUCUACUCUGUUCCUCAGCCCGCACUGUUCCUCCUGGACAAUUGGUUUGAAGUUUACCUGUGGCAGGGUUGGUGGCCACCAGAAAGCAAAAACACGGGCUCAGCGAAGAUUCGCUGGGACAUGGAGCGAAGAUGUGCCAUGGAGACGGCCCUCCACUAUUGCACAGAAAAGAACACAAGACGGCCUCCCAAAGCAUACUUGGUUCAUGCUGGCACCGAGCCAUUGACCUUCACCAAUAUUUUCCCACGGUGGGAUUACAACAUGGAGAAUGCACAACAGAUGGGACAGGAUGUCAUGAACAGAGUGGUGCUUGUUCAGGAUGCUUUACUGUCACUGUGUAAAACCCAGUACUCCUUGGAAGAGAUUAUGUCCAGACCACUUCCAGAAGGUGUUGACCCUCAGAAGCUGGAAACCUACCUCUCUGAUAAAGAUUUUCAGAAACUGCUGCAAAUGCCAAGGGAGGAAUUUUACAAGCUUCCCAGUUGGAAGCAAGUAAACUGUAAAAAAGCCAAAGGCCUUUUCUAACCAGAUACCAGUGCUCUUGACUUGUCCGGGAAUGUUUACAGUUCCACCCUGGCUCACCACAUCAAGUUUUCAUUUCCUGGAUGUAGUUAUGAGGUUCAUUCAUAAAUUGUUAUGUGUCUGUCUUCCACGUUUUUAAGCUCUGUAUGAGUGCACAAGGCAAGAUCCUUAUGGAUUAGUUCAUCCUGUUGACCCCUUUAAAAAGCUCCUUCUUUUACAACCAAUGCCAGCACUGCCACCCGUGUGGGGCUUGAGGAGCCAGUUCCCCUGGAUGCCAAGGAGUUAGAAUUACUUUCCACAACCUAUGAGUCCAAAUCACAAGGGCAUAUUAAGCAAUUAUGUGGGUUUUUCCCAAUUUGAUUUAUGAAGU